AUGCUGCCCAAGGCCUGGUCCCAGAUCACGCCAUACCUGGCAUUCAACUGCUGCGUCUUCCUCCUCGGAGCCAUCAUUUUCGGCAUCGACACUGGCUCCUUUGGCGGAUUGCAAGCGCUCCCUUCUUUCCUCAACGACUUUGGAGUGCCAGGUCAAGAUGGGGUGUAUGCAAUGCCGCAGCUGCGACGCUCCCUGAUGAACUCGCUGCCCUGGAUCGGCAAAAUCCUCGGCUGCUUUUCCUCCGACAUCCUCAUUGAGCGCCUGGGCUUCAAGAACACAAUGCUCGUCGCGGCCGGUGUCCAGAUCGUGGGUGUAAUCUUGGAAAUAACUGCCCAUCACUGGAUGCAGUUCACCAUCGGACGAGACGUGGCGUACUUUGCAGUCGGCCUCGUGGAGAACGCAGUCCCCUCGUACAAUGCAGAGACAUCGCCGGCCGCGACGCGCGGUCUGCUCUCCGGAUCGAUCAUGUUCGUCACAGCGCUGGGCAACCUCUGGGGUGCCGGCAUGUCCCGCGCCUUUGCGACUGAGCCCAGCAGUAAGGGCUGGAUGAUCCCGACGGGCAUGCAGUUUAUCCCCGCCAUCCUCCUUCUCGUCUUCAUCCCCUUCACGCCAGAGUCGCCACGUUGGUUGUUGGCCAAGGGUAGGUUCGACGAUGCGAAACGAUCUCUCGACAAGAUCCGCCACAAAUACGAGGUAGAGGACGGGUCCACGGCCGCGGAGCUGAACGCGAUGAAUGAGCUGGUCCAAGAAUCCCUGGCCACCGAAGAGGGGGGCUGGCUCGAUCUCUUCCGAGGCAACUACCUGCGCCGCACGUGGAUAGCCGGCACGCUUUUCGCCAUCCAGCAGAGCAAUGGCAACCAGUUCGUGCAGUCGUACGCAGCGACCUUUUACGUCCAGCAGGGACUCGGCGCCAUGUCCUUCACGUACAACAUGAUUGGGCAGUCCAUGGGCAUCUUGGGCUGCUUGGUCGGCGUCAUCCUCUUCGAUAUCACAGGCCGUCGACCUCUCCUCAUCUACGGGAGCGUCGUCUGCACGUUCCUCCUAUUCCUCGCCUCGGGCAUUGGCGGCUCCACGUCCAACCCCAGCCAGCAGAUCACGCACACGAUGAUAUCCUGCUUUAUGAUCUUUCCCGCUUUUACUCGGAUCGCGGCCACGAACACGGCUUUCCUGACGGGAGCGGAGAUUGGUGGUGUGCGAAUGCGAAAGAAGAUUAUGGCAUUUGGUCUCUCCGUUGAUGUCGCCGCGGCGUUCCUCGUCACGUUUGUCACGCCCUACGUGCUGCCGAUUCUGGGCGUCAACAUUGGCUGGAUCUUCGGCUCGGUGUGCGCCUUCACUGUGGUGUGGGGCUGGUUCUUCUUCCCUGAACUCAAGAACCGGUCACUAGAGGAGGUGGACGAGCUCUUCCGGGCCAACUUGAAAGCGUGGCAGUUCAAAGACCACACGACGUACGGAACGGCCGCGACGCUCACGGCGAUUCAAAACGGAGAUCGUGGUGCUGUUGAGCGGGCGAAUGCGGAGGAGAAGGUGAGUCCUUUUCCUAAGUGA